AUGAUAAACACCCACCAACUACAACACUAUCUCAAACUCUCCCAUUAUUAAACUCCCAAUCUACAUAACCUUCUUCUCAAAAUAGCCUCUCCAUCUCGAGAAUCCCAUGUGGCGGUUGGCGGCGGCCGUGAGAAGAAACCUCCACAACAUAAGGAAGAGCCCACGAGUGGCAGAUGAAAGCAUGUACAGCGCCGGCGGCGGAGCUGACGGCGGAGCUACGGUGAUCGAUGGCAACCGGAGAGAAGGAAAUUCAUAUGGGUUUUCAAUGAUUUACACUCUCCUUCGAACCCCAUUUUCGCUUCUCUCUUGCUUCUCUCAACCUCACGUUAAUGGCGUCGACGGGAUGUGGGUCUCUGGCGAGUUUCCAAGAAUCUCGGAAGUUAAUCAUCUUAUGGUAAGCGACAGCAUGCGAUAUGCAAUCUUAAUGUAAAUGGGUUUCUUUAGUUUCGAUUGGAUCUGGUUUUCAAUGAGACAAAUCGAUGCUAUAGAAUCAAUAAUUGUUAUAGAGCCAUUGGAUCAUACUUUGGAUUGGGAUUUUUGUGCGAGCGUUUAAAUUAUUGAGUUAUGUUCGAAUUAGCCGUUCGAGUUGGAUCUGAGUUUCGAAAUUUACACAUAUAUGUAUAUGUUGUUGUACAAAAUAGUGUAUUAGUUCACAAAUUACAAAGAUUUUCAAUCUAA